AGGAGGAGUACUUAUUUGUCCCCUGGAAAACAAAUUCCUAGGGAGGAAAAGUCGGAGGUGGGAAAUAUGGUGUUCUCAUCGAACCCCUUAUCUCUGAGCGUCCCCGAGCCCGCAUUCGAGUCUUGGCUCCGCGACAGUGGUUACCUCGAAAUCCUUGACGAACGGACCUCCGACCUCCACCGCCUCACCUCCGCCACCACCGCCGCCGCCGCCUCCGACCACCGUAACUCCACCACAGCCUCCACUAACUCCGCCACUCCCAUCGCGAAUGGGUUCUUCCGCUCAGUCUUCUCCUAUCUCGCGACCAUACUUUCUCUCUUCACCCUCAAUCCCUUCGCCAAGCUCACAGCCGACGACUUCUCCGGGGAGACUCCGUCGUGGACCCUUGGAUUCAUCGGCUUCUGCGACUCCUAUUCGUUUCCUUCUUCCCCAUCGCAGGCUCGAUUGAGGGUUCACGAGAACGUCAAGCGCUACGCUCGCAAUUACGCCUCUCUGUUUAUCCUAUUCUUCGCCUGCUCUCUGUAUCAAAUGCCUCUUGCUCUUGUUGGUUUGAUAUCAAGUUUAGCUCUCUGGGAUCUGUUCAGGUUUUGUGCUGAACGGUGGGGUUUAGAUCAAUACCCUGUCACUCAACAGAGCUUGGUUCGCAUUGCCCAAUGUGCAACUGCCAUUAUUCUGUUCUGUUUCAAUGUUCAGAUGGCACUAUUCUGUGCUCUUGGUGUCAGUUAUGCAGGUAUGCUUUUGCAUGCCUCAUUCCGGAAGCUGACACCAGCAAAGCAACCUACUCGGGGGAGAGGGAAAUAGAAGCAUUUCAACAGCAAAGAGAUACGGUACGGUUAACGUUAUUUUUGAAGGCUUGCCUUGUACAUAUUGCUGAGAGGAAUCAAGUUGGCAUUAAAGAUCGAGGUUAGGGGGUGGUGUUGGGGGGCGAUUGGGUGGGGGCCUUCAUCCUACUACUAAACAAGAAGGAAGAAAAGGACGAUAAUAGUCGAUGAAUUUUUGAAAGCUUUCGUGUAGUUUGUGAGCAAAGACUUGAGGCUUCCCAAUCAGGAUUAGCUUGGUGAUUUUGAUUAUUAUAAUCUGUUAAUUGUGUAAUUUAACCAUCUAUUUGAGUGUGUAACUGGCUCUAUUCAUUAAUGAAAAGAAGGCUUCAUGUUUUCUUA